ACUCUGGGCACUUGUUGAUCUAGGCGCAUACACAGGAAACCGCGCACAUCUUACUGAGGACUUGACUCUGCAGGAAACAGCCGCUCGUUUCACAUUUUUAUACUAGAAAAUUUGCACUAAACCGAUUUUUUUUUUUCGUUCUUGGAGUGUUUGGAAAGAAACGCUCAAACAGGCGCAACUGUCGAACUGAAAAGCUUUAAAGCGCACUUAGAAAGUGGUUAUCAUGUCUGGCGAAGAGGAUCCAACUCAGCAGCAGCAGCCUGAGCAGGAGAAAAAGCCCGAUGAGCCUCCCUCAGCUGCUUCGGAUGCACCUCAGCAGGAGUCAGGCAGCAGCAGCCCUGCAGCAGAACCACCAGCAGCUGCAGCAGAACCACCACCACCAGCUGCAGCAGAACCAGCAGCUGCAGCAGAACCACCAGCAGCUGCAGCAGAACCAGCCGCUGAGGAGAAGCCGCUCUCCUUCCGCGCUCUGGUUCUCACGGGACAUGGGGGCUACGACAAAGUCAAGCUGCAGGUGAAGACGAUGGCCAAGCCGAAACUGAAGGCAGGAGAGGUCCUGGUGCGCGUCAAGGCAUGCGGGCUGAACUUCGCCGAGCUGCUGGGCAGGCAGGGGCUGUACGAGCUGCUGCCUUCCCCGCCCGUCACGAUGGGAAUGGAGGGCUCCGGGGUCAUUGAAGCAGUCGGGGAGGAUGUGAAUGACAGGAAAGUUGGCGAUCGUGUCAUCGCAUUGGCCCGCAGCGGCAUGUGGCAGGAAGUAGUUGUCGUGAGCGCUGACCGCACCUUCCUUAUGCCCGAGGAGAUGAGUUUUGAGGAAGGUGCUGCUUUAACUAUUAACUACAUGACCGCCUACAUGAUGCUGUUUGAGAUGGCCAAUCUUAGGCCCGGCAAAAGUGUUCUUAUACACAUGGCAGCAGGUGGUGUGGGUAUUGCUGCUACCCAGCUGUGUCAAACUGUGCAGGAUGUGACUGUUUUUGGCACGGCAUCAGCUUCCAAACAUGAGACUAUUACCCAAGGCGGGGUAACUCACCCCAUCGACUACCGCACCAAAGACUACGUGGAGGAAAUCCGCAAAAUCAGCCCGAAGGGUGUGGACAUCGUCCUCGACCCCCUUGGUGGCUCUGACACCCAAAAAGGCUAUAGUUUGUUGAAGCCCCUGGGCAUGAUUAUAGUCUUUGGUGCAGCCAAUUGUGUGACGGGCCAGAGGAAGAACCUGCUGGCCAUGGCAAAGACCUGGUAUAACCAGCUCUCUCUGAACACCAUGAAACUGAUGCAGUCCAACAAAGCUGUCAGCGGCUUCCACCUGGGAUACAUCACUGAUGAGCAGCUCUUCGGCAGGACUAUGUCUACGCUGCUUGAGCUCUACAAGCAGGGAAAGAUCAAGCCCCGCAUCGACUCCAGCUAUCACUUUGAGGAGGUGACUGAAGCCAUGAAGCGCAUGCACGAACGCCAAAAUAUUGGGAAAGUCAUCCUUCUUCCUGAACCCAAGAAGGAGGAAGAGAAGCCAAAGUCCAAUGCUGAGGCUGGGGAAAAUGUGGAAAAAAAUGAUGCUGCCAUCAGCGAGAAGAAAGAAGAGGAAGUUAAAGCAGAAAAGGAUUGAGUAAGAGUGUUUAUUUCGAGGGUUUCCUUUUUUGUUCGGUUGUUUAAGGAAAAAAAGAAAGGCGGGGUGGAGGAAAAAAGCAAGAUGUCAUGAAUUCUUUGUCAGUAUUUUUGGAAAUGUUGAUGGAUUUUUGUUGUGCAAUAUGGUUAUACUGUGGUGUCUUUGUCUGGAACACUUGUUUGUAACUUUUAAAUAAAAUGUCACUGCAUUCUGAUACAUCACCUGAAGAAAAAUGUGUUCUGAUUACGGACUGUUGUUAAAAUUCACAGUUGGCAAAAGAAGACAGCAUUUAUUUGUGUUUGUGUUUUUUGGUUUCCUAUGACAACAGCUCAGUCCCAGCUCUAACAUAACACUGGUGAUAACAACAUACCAGGGCUGGUGCUUAUAAAACUGAACACUGACUAAUCACUUUGAAAAGUAGGACUGAGGAGCUUUGCUUAAAAACAAAAAAUUGCAUUUUUAGCAGUGUUUAAAUGUGACUGCGCUGCCUUCAGACUACAAUCGUGUCUACCCCAGCAUCCAAUCUGCCCAUGGCGCCUUUUCAAAAUUGGCACACCAAUGAACCAACAUCACAACUUGCAUUAUAAAGAUUGUCCAGCUUUGUACUGCAUAUACAGUUAAGGUCAUUUGGGCAAGAUGUUAAUUUUUUAUUUUUUUUUCUGUACAUCACCAUGGUGGAUUUUAAAUCAAACAAUCAACACUUGACUGAAGUGCAGACUUGCAGCAUAAAUUUAAGGGGUUUAACAAAAAUUUGCAUUAACAUUUUAGGACUUAUAGGGUUUGGUUUGGUUUUUAAAUAGACACUAGUGGGCUGGGUCCAGUGGGACAAAGUUGUCUCAUGUUUGACAGAAUUUUUUUUUUUUUUUUUUUUUAAAUCAUUGAAAAAAUUCUGUGAUCAUGGACUUCAGCUGUCUUCUGUGGCCUUUUGGGGCUUUUGGUGUUCUUGACCUGAUCAGCACGUAGUUUUAGAAAUGAUCAUAUUGUUGAUCUGACCAUUCCUAAAGGUUUUGCUACCUCACUGAUGGGUUUUAUGUUUUUCUAGCCUAAUCUUUCUGAGGUUCAUAUUUAACAUUACAAUGAAAAGCUAUACGUUACAAAUUCAACACUUCAGAUAUUCUGUCUACUUCAUUUGUCGUUAAUGACAAGUGAACCGCUCUCACCUCGCCAUGUUGUCAAAUUAAUUUUGAGGCUCUGAAAAGGUCUAAUUUCUAAACAAUUCAUCUAAAAUAUUUGUCAAAUCCCUUUAAUCAAAGCUGAAAGUCUGCACCUCAAUUGUUUGGUUUUUACACUCUCCUGUCUCUACACAGGCAAAAAUUAAGUGUCUAGCUCCGCACAGGCUGGAUUAUGCAUGAAAAUGAUCUUCAAUCAUACAUACAGUGUCGGCGUGUGUCAUUUUGGGUAUUAUUCAGGGUGAAAACUGAGUUAAAUAAGGAUAGUGUUUCCAUUCAAAGUAAGUGGUGUGCUUGCAUGUUCUGAGAAUUUUGUGAUCACCCUAAAAGAAUUUCCAUUAAAAGAUUGGCAAGUUUAUUAAAAAAAAAAAAAAAUUUGUAAUUCAUGAUUUUGAUCAUUCACUUUUACACUGUCCUCCAAAUUUCCCACAUUUCUUAUUAAUUUUGAAGCUGGUGCAGGGAAAAAUGACCAAAAUUAUGUUAUGAUGCAUUUGAGGCUUCAUGUGUCAUGCAGAAAGACCUUCCACCUAAAUAUAGUUUUUUUUUUUUUUUUUUAAGUAUAUUAAUCCUGAUCAUUAAUUAUGUGAAUUAAUAACAAUAAUCAAUUAUUUCCUGCUUAAUACGAAUAACACUUGUGAUUAUUGCCCUACUAAUGUGUGUAAUGAUGAGAUGCCAUCUCUUUUUUGUUUGUUUUUUUUCACUUACUCUCCAGUGACAAAUGUUGUUACACGGAUCUUUGUUUAAGGAAGGCAUGUGUCGGUGUGUUAUUGUGUCGCUUUUGCAGUUUCCUCACUUAUUUGUGCCAAAUCUGAAACCAGCUUUCACCACUGCUGUCAAGCCAACUGUGAAUAACAAUUAGAGGGACUUCCCUGCCUUGGCAGUCACUCGUGUUUUCUUCCAAAGAAUGUCCCACUGAAACGGUUCGCCAAACCGUUUCAAGGCAGGUUUCUUUCCUCCGUUUUCUCCUGUGCUUUAGCUGCGUUCUUAAAUCCUUCACUGCCAUCGUUAAAAUUAAAGUUUACAGGAUUACAGCGUGUGUUACUUAGCAAUUCCUUGUCUCUGCAGGGGUUUUGCACUCUAAAGUUUACUUUUAUUUUCCUCGCAGUGAUGCAUUUUACUUUUUCUCGUUUUUGGUCAUCGCUUGCAUAUCUGCUCCUUUGAAUGGAUGACCUAAGUGGCGUUGGGGCUCAGUAGUGCAGAUGUUUUGUCCAGAUGUGGGUGUAAUUCAAUGCUCGAAGCAGAGGAUGCAAAAGUGGAGCACAAGAGGAAGAGUUUUCCCUCCGUCCACACCAUCCCAGCGCCUCACAUUCCUCUCUCCACCCUCUCAGUGCUGCUUUGUGUCUUUCUGUCUCUAGAGCUUAACUCUCAAACUGCACCUCCCUUUCCAGCAGAGCCUGUUUCGGUUUCUGAAGAGCACUUGUAACAAAGUUUCACAGAUAGUGUUUUAUGUUAUUUACAUUUGUGACAUUUCUUUAGGCGACUUGGACUAGUAUUGUUGAGUUUGGCCAGCUUUCCUUCUCUUAGUUUGAAAUAAGAUGUGAUGUGGAUUUUUGAGUGGGAUCUGGAGUCUUUGUGAUUCUGUGACGUUUCCAGCGGGAGUUCACGUAGAAGUCUUUUAGGCUUUGUUCAUUUGAAUCAUUUGUGAACCCACAAGCCCAGUGUUUCCCUACAUGACAGAUGAAUGUUAACGACCUGGCGAUAUACCAACAUUGAAUAAACAAAUGUUAGUCAGGUGAUUUAUUUUAGCCCUCUAAUUCCUCUCUGCAAGCCGCUUUACUAAAAUGAAUGUGAUUGGAGACAUGAACGGGUUUGAGCCAGUGUAUAGUGGCCGUCCUGUCAUGUUCUCUGUAAUUGUUGGUUAUGCGUAAACUUAUGCAGAAUUAAUGUGUGCAGUGAACGACACCUAGUGGUCACUGAGUUGCAGCUCUCCACAAUGUUGCCUACUAAGAAGCUGUACUAUAUUAUCAAAUGUGUCAUAUUAAUAUCAAAGAAAUAAACAGGGAUUCAUCCACAAAAAUGCUCAUUUUCACAGACAGCUCCAAUUAAAGUGGAUUUGCGUUAGUUUGACAGAUGGUUCAUACAUCAACAUCCAAAGAGGUACUGUCUGUUUAAAAAUAAAUAAAAGCUCAUGUAAAUUCUGGCUGCAUUAAAAAUUUCAGUUCAACCAUUGAAAGUCAUUCUUAUUAUUAUCCUAAACCAUGUGUAAUAUCUAUCAGCAUCUAAUCUGCAGUGUAAUUAUUUCCAUUGCUUGUGUGCCAGUGUUGUUCCAAAACUAUUUAAUGUGUUACUGUUUCCUUUUUCCCCUUUUUAUACACAUUUCAAACACACUUCUUCUGUGUUCAUAUGGCACUAACAUGUCUGUAUUAUUAAAGCAUUAUCACAUCUUG